AAACCCAUUCUCAGCCAUUGUUUACCCCACGUACACAGAGCUAAAAACUGAACAAAAUGACCAUCACUUGAAGUGUUGCCUUUCUUCGUCCAGUGACUCUAAUUGGAUUGCGGAGAGAAGUAUCGCAAUAGACGCAUUCAUCCUCGACGCCAUGAGAGAAGUUCCACAAAAACACGCCUUCUUCUUUAACGCUGCGAAAGAAGGACCAGAGGAGACGCCUUCUUCUUGGACACCGUGACCUGCGUCGGGGAUGACGGAGAGAAGAACUACAAGAGGUGCCAUCAUCUAUGAUGUCGUGACCCACGGCAUGAAUCUGAUGUGACUUGCUUGAUCGACAUAAAACAGAGAGUUGCCUAUUGAAGUCUUCUUGUGUCUUUCGCGGUCGACAAAGAGAACAACAAUCGGGCAGUGGCGCAGCUUCAGGAAUUUCUGUUCGAUUAAAAUUUGACUGAUGGAAUGCUAUGGUGGGAUGGACAAGAUAAUCAAUUUGUCAUCGGAUGAAAGUCAAUCUGAGUUAGGCCUUCCAAACAAUGAUGUUGUUGAUGAGGAUGAUUUAGGAAAGGCUGAGUUGUUGUCGGAUGAGGAUGGUCGUGUGUAUGGAGACGUGAUUGGGUUGAGUGUCGAGGACAUAAUGAAAAUGGUGUUUCAAAGUGAGGAGCGUGCAUAUGAGUUUUAUUCGAGGCUAGGGAAAUGCAACGGAUUUGGGAUCUAUAAGGGAGACUAUGCGAAGGAUGAAGAUGAGACUAUAAUGAGAAUAAGGUUCUUCUGUAACAGGGUUGGCCUAAGGGAUGGAAAGCAGUACAACAGAUUAGACAAGAAGAGAUCUCACAGGCCUGAGACACACACGAAUUGUCAGGCCUUGAUGUUUGUAUACCUUGAUAAGGGGAGCUCAAUUUGGAAGGUUCGGAAAGUAAUCCUCGAGCUUAACCAUGAACUGAUGCCUAGGGGAAUGGUUCACAUGAUCCGAAGUUGCCGGGUGAUAUCUGGGUUCGCAAAGGGCCACAUGGAUGGAAUGCAUGCGUAUGGCUUACCGAUAUCUAAGAUACUAGGGUACAUGAGCUGGGAUUGAAGGUGGUUAUUCUUCUUUGGGGUUUACGAAGAAGAACACAUACAACUACAUUGAUCGUAAGAAGCGUGCAGAGGUUGGUAUUGGAGACAUGAACGCUACUAUAGUCUACCUAGAAGGCAAGGCAGCUGUUGAUCCCAUGUCGAUGGCCCGGUACAAUUUGAUCCCAUGUCAACAUUUUGGGGACGUGGUAGCAUUCGAUUCCACAAUGCACCCUAUUCCUCUAACAUCUCUCCAAACAUUUCAACUUGUCCCAAAAGUUCCUCGUUUUCCUUCUCUAGUACAUGAAUUUGCGCAUUCAAUCUACCAACUUCUUCCACCCUGUCCUAAUUCAAAUGUUCUUUCACACGUCGAAGAAUCUGGUAGUUGUAAUUACGAACGGUAUAACCAGUAGCAGAAAGAAUCUUAUCAAGCAUUGUGAAAGAAACUUCUUGAUGAGCAAAGCGUUCCUCAUAGUACAAAGAACCAUGAGCCACAAGAUCAAGACCUCUGCCAUUGUGGGGAAAAACCACCACAAACCCAAACAGCACUCGUUCAUCGUUUGAGUUGAUUUCCUAAGGAACAAAGAGUAGGGAACCAAUUCCAAAGAAUGAGGAUGCUCGCAUCAACAUGAGCUCCAUGUCUUCCACAUACAUGAACUCACCCUCUGCCCCUGGCUCUGCAACUGCACGACCCAAUUCUGUAUUAGUUCAGAAUCAUGCACAUCAAUAACAUGACAGUUGCUUUGCCAUUACAAGAUUGCUAUAUGAAAAUCGUGACAGAAGCUUAAAUAGAAGGAAAGGAAGUUAAAGCUCACCAUCUACUUAAACAGGGUUGCUGCUACCACUACUACUACCUCCACAGUGCUGGCUGUUGGCUGCCACUCCCAUGGAAGAAACUUGCUGAGGGGAAGGGAUUGAAUAGAAAGCACCUUCUAACAAUCUUGACGGUCUUCUUCUCACCGGUUGAACCUGUGGUGUUGGCUGACGAGAAAAAGGAGAUGCGGUGCUGCGCAUCCAAGCCAAGGCCUCCGACAAGUCAUGGAAGCCACGGUGUUCAUUAUUUCGGAAACCGUUCACUUGUUGGUCGCAUUCCUCUCAUGACCUGUAAACGCUAGAGACACAACCUCUACAAACCGCGUAAAACUGAAAACGUCCGGCUUCGGUUGUCAUGACCAUGAACGCAUACGACUCUCCUUGUAUAUUCGAAGAAGAAUGGGGGAUAAACAAGGCUAACACCACUAAAGACAUUUCAUUUAAAUAUGUGUCACAAUAAAUAUCCUCUAUCUCAUCUACGGAGUACUACAAUACAAAAGAACAAAGAAAGCAUUUUAGGAAAAACAACCAUUUGUACCCAUGAACUUUACGAACGCUGACAAAAAUACACAUUAAAGAAGGAAACUAACGUUGUAUCCAUCAAAGAUGGAUUUCGUACGACAAAAGUAUCCAAAUCCUAAAUUUAUGUUGGCUUUUUAAUAAAAUUCCAGAAUUACCCCCACAAUUAUCUUCAACAUCAACUUCCAACCAUCUCUUCUUUCCCACUCAAACUUUCACAUCCCUCUAUUACCACCACCUUAACCACCUUCUUUUUUCUCUUCUACUCCACCACUGCUACCAUGACGGCAUUUCCAUCUUCAUGAACCCAUCUCCAAGAAACUUGAUCACCGACACAACCUCUCCAACCGGAUCCCUCUCCCCCUUUUUCUCCCCCUCUUCCCCAAACCCCGCGUCAUCUUCGUCACAAUCAACGCCACGCACCUCCAUUGCCAUUGUGGUUAUCGGAGUCAUUCUCUGACUUGACAAAUAUCCUAACAUAGAUAUGAUUGGAGAUUUCUAAGAGAAUUUGAA